ACCUAACCAAACAUCCCUUUCUAUAUAUAUCCCCACACCUAACUUCACCACCGACUCAACCACACCCACAGCAAACCAACAAUGGCUGCCAAAACCCUAACACUCCUAACCCUACUCACACUCACCCUCAUCUCCUCCACCUCUGCACUCUCCGGCGAUCCACCCACCGUCUACCAGAUCCUCGAAAAAUACGGUCUUCCCACCGGCCUGUUACCCGAUUCCGUCAAAUCCUACUCUCUCUCUCCCGAUGACGGAAGUUUCGUUGUUGAACUCGAACAACCUUGCUACAUCCAGUUCGAUUAUCUUGUUUAUUACGAUACUAAGAUCACUGGCAAGCUGAACGUGGGGUCGAUUACGGAUCUGGAUGGGAUCCAGGUCAAGAGGUUCUUGUUUUGGUUUAGUGUUGAUGAAAUUAGGGUUGACUUACCCAGCUCUGAUAAUAUCUACUUUACGGUUGGGAUUAUUAAUAAGAAGCUUGAUAUUGAUCAGUUUGAGACGGUUCACUCCUGUACGGAUAACGCUCUUUCGUCAUGUGGUCAAUCAUCUAAACCUGUUUCUCAGCUUCCGGCGACUUUUGAUGAGGUUGAAAUGCUGAUCACUGAGUAGAUGCGGCACCAUGGAGUCAUGCUGUAGACGUAAAACCGGAUAAUAAGUUUUCUGUAUUUGUAUCCUGUGUUUUGAAGAUCAGAAGCCACUGGGCUAGGCUAAUGUUUGAGCCCCGUUGAGCCUCUGUUCAAGUAUAAUUGUGUAAAAGCUUUUGAAGUCUAGUAAUACUAAGUGUAUAAUAUUGUGUCUGUAUUAACUUUCCACUAUGCAAUGACUACUAUAUCUUGUAUUAGCAACUCAUGAAUGUGUUUAGUGUUGUGUGUUA